UUCAAACGACAGUUGGAUUUCGUGUCGCUCCACUAAAUCCCCAUUGAUUGAAACGUUUGAUUCAUAUCUAAAAAUUCAUCUCUUUAACUAUCGGUCGUAGUAUAUAACUGUUUAGUACAAGUGCCAUUCAUAAAGUGCUGAACUGAUUCGCUGUCGGAGGAAAAUGGACGAGCGGAAUACUGGAUUAGGUUUACUCGUUAUUCUGGCCCUGGCUUUGAUCCUACCCGCCACAUCGGAUGUGACGUCAUCUUACGUCACUCUGACCAGAGAUGGCUACCAAAACGUUGUCGUUUCCAUUGAAGAAAACUCCGGAUUUGCCAGCUGUCAGGAGGGACUCGACACCGUCAAGGAAAUGAUUCGAAGCACUUCCAAGAGCUUCGCUCAAGCCCUGGAACGGCCGGCUUAUUUUGGCAAUGUCACCAUCAUCUUUCCCGACUCCUGGGCGGCCGAUCCUCUUUGCAAUUCGCUGCUGACGUCGGCCAAUGUCAGCGACUUGCCGUGGGCCAGGAGUCAUCGGGCCGACAUACGGAUAACGCCCGAUCACCCGGUCUUCGGAUGGCAGCCGCACUCGUUCCAGUACGGCCUGUGCCAACAGUCCGGCCUCCCCAUCAAUGUGCCAUCGUCAUUUGUCACUAGCGACACCGUUUUAGCCAAAGGAAUGAGAAUGGCACGAGAAUGGGCUCAUUAUCGUUACGGCGUUUUCGACGAGGGAGGAAUGCCAAACGACCAACGUCACCCGUCCGGUUAUUCGACGUACCAAACGGAAAGUCCGGACAAGAUAAUGCGCCCCAAUAUUUGCUCAGAUCUCAAAACGCCUUCCGGAAGCUGGAGCAGUGAAAAUUGUCAAUCGACUUCAACUGCCGAUUCCACUUGCGAAUUCAUCGCUGAUGUCUACAAUCCGGACAUCCGGUCUUCGCUGAUGUAUCGCCCGGAUUUGGAUCACAUGGAGAAGUUCUGUACCAAGGAAAAUCACGACGACGGUGUGCCCAGCAAACUCAGUUAUCACUGCGGCCGUCUCAGUGCCUCCGAAGUGAUUUACAAGCACUCUGAUUUCAAUCCCGGAUUCACGCCGGCUAAUGCUUCGGCCGACAUCACGUUCAACGUUAUCCAGAACCCGUUCAGCGGCUACCACGUCGUCCUGGAUAUGGCGUCAUUCAAGGACGCGAAAUCGUUUGAGACGGCCAGAUCGUCUCUGAUGCAAUUCAUCAGUUUCUUUUUGGAUCCCAUUUGGUUAUCCGUCGACGUGUACAAUGGGUACAGUGUCACCGAGUUACAACCGCCAAUGGUGCUCGACAGGUUCAUCAAAAACGAGUUGUUGGUCAAAAUAGCAUCUUUGGAAUACGUCGGUAGCAGUUCCGAUAAAUUUGGCGAUGCUCUCUCAAGAGCUCAAUCGAGAGCCUAUAGCGGGCAGGACGUCAUCAUUUUAACGGCCGUUCAGACAUUUUCAAGUCUGAGCACUUGGGUCAAGUCGUACGAAGAUAACAAAGUCAACGCCCAUCUCGUUCAUUUCGGAGUGUCGACGACCAAGGUGGACAUCGCCCAACUGACCCGUUACGGCAGUUCGAAUUUCGUGCCGAAUGUCAUCAACAACCGCGUACAGAGCGCCUACUCAUGGGCGGUCAAUAUCCUUCAGUCCAUUUACGGGAAAACGAGAACUCACCGAGCUAAAAUUUUUGAGCAGUCUGUCGUUCACGAUUCGUCCUCCGACUUGAACAAGACGGGAACUUUUUACCUGGACAGUCCAGCGUCCAGGUUGCUGGUUUCGCUCUACUCCCUCGACGCCGAUAACGCUGCCGUCUACGUCAGAUCGUUCACUCUCAUCCAAUCUAACGGACUGAGAAACGACACAAUGGACGUAGCAAUUUCUUUCGAUGAUUUCUAUACAUUUACCUUGGAAUCUGCGCUUGAACCACUUCCUCGGGGUCUGUGGCGUUUUGAAAUCAUUUUUGUUAAGUCCACUUCCAGCCUGCCGGAUAAACGACUGGAUAUCUGGGCUGAAUCUACCAAUUCGUCUCAAAUCCAGCUGCGAACGUGGAACAGCGCCCUGGAUAACCAGCCGUUAGAUUUCACUCAAGCACCGGUCGGCCUUUACGCCCAGCUGACGCAGAACAACAAGCCGAUUCGCGGAGCCAAUGUCACGGCCUUCGUCUACGUCAGCGACAGUGGUGGAUCGACUUCCAGUUUGCUGGCCGAAACCCCUUUGAUGGACGAAGGAGUUUCAGAUGUGACGUCCGGUGACGGAAUCUAUUCCGGUUUCAUGACCAAACCGUCGAAUUCGUCUUUCUCCUAUUCCGUCUAUUACCGGGCGUACGGCGUCAACAGCUUGGCCGAGGUCGACAAUGGAGUAAACAGCCGGCAACCGACGACCGGAAGCGUUAUCCCCAUGUCGAAUCCUGUUCCGACCGCCAUCCAAUUCAACCGUUUCGAAUACGGGCCGAGCUUUCAAUUGACGUCUGUGCCAACCAAUACAUUCGACCUGAUUCCACCGCAGCGCAUCACCGAUCUGACCAUCCUCUCCUACGAUUCGUCCAGCAGGACGGCCGUCCUCGGCUGGACCGCCUCCAAAGACAAUUACGGAACGAGCGAUUUCGUUACUCAUUACCGGCUGGAACGAUCCAUCGAUACGCGAGAAACCGUAACGACGGACUAUCCAUCUCUUGCCAUAGUGGACGGAACAGUGAAUAUGACGGUCCAGGUGCCUUCCGUCAACGAGGGCGAGUACGUCAAGUAUCGGGUGCAGGGCCGGGACUCUUCGGUCAAUUACGGCGAAGUUUCCAACGUCGUCUCGUUGGCCGGCCCGACUCCGGUACCUCCGACCGGCGGAUUAUCCACGGCUGGACUGUGGGCCAUCAUCGGCACUUUCAUCGCCCUGGUUGUCAUCAUCCUCAUCAUCGUCCUCAUCCGCUGUUGCUGCCCAGUCGAAGCCAAGCGCAGAAAGAGAGAAGCCCAGCGCAAGAUGCGCAAUCUGUUCUCGUCCAGCGACACGUCGACCAGACGGGCGGAAGAGACGCCAGUCCCCAUAUACAUAUCACCGUCAGCACCAACCUUCCAGCAAUUGCAAUCGUCGGAAAAUAUAAGACUCCCCGAUUAGACUUUAACAUCUCAUCAAAGAAGCACAAUAAAAAAAGAAAGUAUACAUCUUCCUCCCGCAUAGUUCCCAAUCCCGAUUCCCAGUGAAAUUCCAUUAUCUUUUUGUACGUAUAAUUUCAAUCGCUACUCAAAUUUAUUUUCGAUGUAAAGUCAUGAGAAUACACGAUUCUGCAAGCAA